AUGGAUAGCGUUUCAAUACUCAUGGAAUAUUGCCGCGGUUUUCCUUGCCUCCCCAAUUCUUUUUUUCCAAAAUUAUUGCAUCAAAAGAUGUCUCACACCCUAGAUUGUAGAAAAAUCGACUUAAAUCGACAGGUCACUUCAACGAAACACAAUUCAUAUUUUUCAAUAAUAUAUAUAGUAUUAUGUAGUGCAUCACGAAAACUAUUUUUUCCUACAAUAAUACCAAAUCACCCUCCUCAAACUAUUGGAAUUCCAAUAAACCCAUCGAUUUCAAAUCAUUUUCAUCUUAAUAUCGCUAUUUCGAAUGAAAUCGUAUUGCUUGCUCUUGUAUUCCUAUGCUUUUCGCUUUGUGCGAGUGAAAUGAUUACCUUGACGAGUGAAAACUUUUACGAAGAAAUCUAUAGUUCCGGGAGAAAAGGAAAUUGGAUCAUUAUGUUUACUGCUCCUUGGACCUCGAUUAAGAAGAAAUACGUCCCGGUCUUCACAGAUCUUGCCAAGGAGAUAGGUUCUGAAGUGAAUGUUGCGACUAUCAGCGCUACAGACAAUCCAGUAACAGCUUCUGAAUUUGGUAUCUCGAACUAUCCUACGAUUAUUUUCAUUGUCGGGAAAAAGUAUGCUGUCUAUCAUGGCUCAAUCCAUUUAAAUGCGCUGAAAGAGCUGGUUAGCGAGACAUACAAAUAUCUGGACUACAAGAGCAUUCCUAAGGCUCCUUCUCCCUUCAUAGCCUACGUGGAUCGCGUUGUGAAUUUCCUGGAGCGACAGCUCUCGACUUCCCCUCUACUCAUCUGUGGGAUCUUCGUUUUUGUAGGGAUCGUUUGCGGUGUGUUCCUCGUUCUAAUCGGCGAGCUGGUUCUGCAGCCCGUGGAAGCUCCAUCUCCCAUCAAAGAAGACUUUCCUGUUUGUUAA